AUGUUUCAACGGUCCGAUUAUCUCGUAUUAACACAAGAUGAAGACACUUGCGCCUCUCAUACUGGAAAGCUAGGUGGAGAGCAGCCAAUAAUUCUUGGAAAAGGCUGUGAGAGUUUUGGUCAUGCUGCUCACGAACUGGGACAUGCACUGGGCCUAUACCACACAAUGAGUAGAUAUGAUCGCAACGAAUUCAUCAAGAUUUUUUUUGAAAACCUACAGCUUCCUAACUUUUCAUCCCAUCAAGCUACCUCAUCUUGUUUUUAUUUAAAAAAGAAAAUCAUAUGA